UCUGCCUCCUGCAAUUACACCAGCCGAGGAGUCAAUAAACCCUCUAAAGGAAGAAGCAUAAUUGGCAGAGUCGAUGACUCAUCUCGAAUCCCUGGGACAGGCGUUCCAGUGGAGCCAGGCCUUUCUGUGGAUGAGAUUUCUGCCUCCCUCCUGACUGGAAAGCUGACAACUGUCUUCUUGCCGAGUAAUGGCAUCGCCCUGUGGGUCUUCCUUUUCCGAACGAAGAAGAAGCACCCUGCAGUGGUAUACAUGGCCAACCUGGCCUUGGCAGACCUCCUCUCUAUCAUCUGGUUCCCCAUGAAGAUUGCCUAUCAUAUACAUGGCAACAACUGGGUUUAUGGGGAAUCUCUUUGCAAGGUACUCAUUGGCUUUUUCUAUGGCAACAUGUACUGCUCCAUUCUCUUCAUCACCUGCCUCAGCGUGCAGAGGUAUUGGGUGAUCGUGAACCCCAUGGGGCACACCAGGAAGAACGCAAACAUCGCCAUCGCCAUCUCCCUGGGAAUAUGGCUGCUGAUUCUGCUGGUGACCAUCCCCUUGUAUCUCGUGAAGCAGACCAGUUACAUCCCAGCCCUCAACAUCACCACCUGCCAUGAUGUCUUACCGGAGGAGGUGCUGGUGGAGGACAUGUUCAGGUAUUUCCUCUCUCUGGCCAUCGGAGUCUUCCUGUUCCCAACCAUCCUCAUGGCUUCUGCCUAUGUGCUGAUGAUCAGAACACUGAAAUCUUCUGCCAUCGAUGAGAACUCAGGGAAGAGGAGGAAGAGAGCCAUCAAACUGAUGGUUACUGUCCUGGUCAUGUACCUGGUCUGCUUCACUCCUAGUAACAUCCUGCUCGUAGUGCACUAUUUCACGAUUAAACACUGGGGCCAGAGCUACGUCUACGCCCUGUACAUCGUAGCCCUCUGUCUCGCCACCCUCAACAGCUGCAUCGACCCCUUUGUCUAUUACUUUGUUUCAGAAGACUUUAGGAAUCAUGCAAAGAACGCUCUUCUUUGUCGCAGUGUCCGUAAGGCAAAGCGGAUGAAAAUAUCUCUCACAUCAAAGAAGUCCUCCAGGAAAUCCAGCUCUUAUUCUUCAAGUUCAACCACCAUUAAGACCUCCUAUUGAGUAUUCCAGCUCCGUGGAUGGAAGUUUUACGGGAGGCUUUGGAGCUUGCUUAAUGUUAUGGCGACGUUUCUGUUGUUUCCUAACCAACAGAGUCUAACCACGUACCAUGUAUAUGCAGUACCUUUCAGGAUUGCUGGAAGCUUCCCUGUUUGCAUGAAGAAAAUCCACUAAGUUAACAUAAAUGCCAGUUUCAGAAUUUCUCUACUCAGAUGCUCCCAGAAUGGAACUUACAAAAGCAGACUUUAGAAGGUGGCUCCCGGCAAAACACACACACACCAAACAGAAACCCAGUGACUUGCAAAAACUGGUUUUGGCAUAAAGACUAAGUUCUUAGUGGAAACUACAUGUCUUAUACAUCUGGGGUCAACCACAGUCUUGUUAGGGCUUAAGAACCCUCAGAGAUGAUCUGUCCAAUUGAUUGAGUUGAUGGAGGAAGGAACUUUUAAAGAGGCGAAGGAGCUGCCCAGAGUCAGGCUUCUAACCAGUGGCGGCAAGUUAGGGUUGGGCAGCAGCAUCUGAAUGGUCAGUGGGGUUCUUGCACCACUUCAUCGAAGUCAGCGAGCUUUUUGUUUAAAAAGGCAGGCUCAUCAGACUCUGGAAUGAGAACUCAGAAUCUGGGAACAGGCCCCCAGGAACCUGCAUGCUGACAAGCUUCUGUGCAAAGCUUAGGCACACUAGGUCUGACACCCACUGGUCUGGCAGCUGCUGCUACUGGAUAAAGGGUCCUGGUAGUUUUUAAGAAGAGAAGCAGACAGAAUGCUUUGUGUCUGCUCGGAAUGAAACUGGUUUGUUGACUUACUGGAUCUUUCAGUUUCUUUAUUAGUCUUGAGCUUUUAUAUGUAUCAUUAUCAUUUUGAGGAAAAUGCAACAGGAUUUUAAACUUGAAAAUACAAAUGUGUAACUUUUUACUGACUUCAGCGAAAUCUUCAGGUAGCCUGAGUUUCACAACAAGGAUCAGAAUUGACCACUUAGUGUUUUAAGAAAUUAUUGUUGGACUAUUUAUUGUCAGUUUUGGUCCUUUGUUAUCAAAUAUGAAAUUAUAAAGCCUUCGCUGGGUUUGAACCGCAUCUGUUUGGGGAAAAAAAACUAAAAUAGAUGUGAUUUGCAGUAAUAUAUCUAAGGGAUAUUUGGCUCCAGACUGACUUUAUAUGACUUGUAUUUGUGACUUUUUGAAAUAAUUAUUUUAUUGUAUGAUUUAUAAAUGACUAUUUUAAAAAA